AUGGGAGACUCAAGCAGUUGGAAUAAUGAAACUGAUUGGGAAGACUAUACUGACAAAAUGAGUGAAGUUGAAAAUGAAAGUCAAAAAUAUGAUUGGAAAGAAGAACUUACCCACAACCAAGAACAUGAAAGGUACUAUCAAGAUCUUUUAUAUGAACUGGCCUUGAAAUCAGAAAGAGUAAUAACAUGGUCCACAAUCCAUGGGUAUUACAAAGAACCCCUAAGUAACAGCACCUUCAAUAGUGAAGUCCAACCCAUGGAUAUCGAUGAGACUUACUUAAUCGAUAUGCCUCAGUGGGGAGAGGUAACCGAAGGAUUGGAAGUUGAAAGUAACUUUUAUAAAGACAUAAAGUAUAAUUAUGAUAAUAUUUAUCUAAAUCCUGAUCAACAUUGGUGA